AUGGUGCUAGCUUUAACCACGGUUUUUGGCAACGCAGUUGUGAUCKUGGCCAUCAUCAGRACACCUUCUCUUCACAGUCCUUCCAAUAUUCUCCUAUGCAAUCUUGCCUUUUCGGAUCUGGGUGUUGGCCUUGCUCUCCAACCACUUUUUAUCACCUAUAUCAUARAUGAAAAACAUCGASAUAAUCUAACUGACAUUUUUGGUACCUUUAGUAUUUUUUUCACCGCACCUUCGAUUAUUACGAUGACUUGYAUUGCCUUGGAUCGCUGCCUUGCACUUUAUCUUCACAUGAGGUACCUUGCUGUCGUAACGACCAGACGAAUGGUUGCAAUUGUCAUAGUGAUGUGGRUGUGUGACACCCUCUCUCUGGGGAUAUUCUACAAAGGAGACAUGCAAAUGGUGAGUGCAAUUGUGGUGGUAUGUUCCAUCAUAAAUUGUACUAUUACCAUAGUUUGUUAUUUUAACAUUUACCGCACCGUAGGACGACAUAAGAGACAAAUCGCUGAUCAGAUGCGAUCGAUGAAUAUCCCGAUUGUCAGACAAGGCAGGACCAUCACCACAAUGUUUUACAUUCAUGGGCUGUUCAUCUUAUGUCUCAUACCAUUCGUUAUCACACUUGCCUAUCACAUAGCUACUCGGCAGAACAAGGAAGUCUUUAAUUCUAUUCCAAUAUUUUGUACUGCAACACUAGUUUUUUUAAGCUCUGCUAUCAAUCCAUAUUUAUACUGCCAUCAUUACCAAACAAUUCGCACAAAGCGUUGUUCUUCCGGAACAAAUUGUUAA